GAAGAAAAAUUGCCUGAUUUACCCUCAUAUAAAAAAUAUAAAGAAUUGGACAAUGUGGACAUUAGUGAUUAUAAUAAAGAUCCCUGUAAAAACUUAAAAAACAGUGAUGAAAAGGAUAAAAUACUUUGUAAUAAGAUAUUAAAAAACUUAUUAAUAUUAAAAAAUAAACAUGGUAAAGAACAAAAACAUGGCUGCUACUAUUUUCAACACUGGCUCCACGAUAAGAUAGGGAAAAAACAUUAUAAUGGAAACGUUAAGGGUAAUAAAUAUUCUGUUGCUGAAAACAUUUUGGACAUUGUAGCAAGUGCUGUUUCAACAAAUAGCAUUGAUCAAGCUUGUAAAGGCAAUCCUUUUGGAGAUAAAGAAUCGUGGAAAAAAGAGAAAGAUUUACAUGAUUAUUUUGAAAAUUUUAAACAAAUUAAAUGCAAUGAUUCUGAUAAAGUUAAGUGCGAAAAAUAUGUUGAUUAUGUUUCUUAUAUUAAGAAGUUAUAUUAUGAUAACAUUCAUAGGUGCUGCGAUGAAGAUGAUUCAUAUUCAUACUGUAAUCCUUCUAUUAAAUGUGCAGAUGAGUACGAUCCUAUGAAUUUAUUAACUAUAUUGAAUAAUGAUCUUUUGUCAUUAGGUAAAAAAAUAGAGCAAGAACGUGAACAAGCGGCACCUGCAAAAACAGGACGUGAAAAAGCACCACUGGAAAAGUUAGUAACUGCAGAUGCAAAGGCAAAACCUACACCGGUAGUGCCUGAACAGGAAGUAUCUGAAGAGACAAUAUCUGAAAAAUCUGCUCUUGGACCUGAAAUAAGAGAAACGACAGGCAACCUGCAAUCUGUAGGAACUUUUAGUUCCUCAUCAAUAGAGGGUACAGGAGAGAUUGUUCAUGCAGAACCAUUUUUUACUACAGAUACUGCAAACAAUGCGGUACCUCCUGACAUUGCCGAUAACCCUAGUACUUUAGGAACUACACAUGAACAGUUAGACUCACACUUUUUUCGUAACAUCAUCAUAGGGGCUACUGUACUUGGAACAAUUGUCUUCCUUUUCUACUGCAACAGGGUAAUUCCACAUUAUACUUUAUGA